AUGGGGAAAAAGGUCUUUGGGGUCAAGCUAACCGGGGCUGCUAAAGGGACAAGCUUGGAACCACAGCUUCCCUUGCUCUUCUGCCUUGUGACCCUGGUAACCUCCGCGGUGGCUGGUAACUUCUCAACUACCAGCUUCCCAGGCAUAGUCACUUGCUAUGAUGAUGAAAUGAAGAUUGGAUUUCCUGAAGAUCUUGGUAACAAGUCUUGGCAAGCAUAUGUGGUUGAUUCCUUUGGCAAUGAAAUCUUGAAUUGUACCCCUGUUAUCAACUUGGAAAACUUCAUCUUGAAAGCUGCGUAUAAGAGUUGUUCUAAAAUAGUGCAUGGUAUGUAUCAAGUGAACCUCAAAUUCCUGCCCAACAAGACUGUGAGCAACCAGGUUGUGACCUACCAGGUCAGCUGUCCUGCCCCUCAAGCUGAUAAUCCAGGUGAAAUUUUAGCAGCCACGAACUGUACCAAGGAUUUCAUGUCUGUUUCAUUUUCACAGAUCCUACCCAGUUUUGAUGAUGAGACUAUGGAUAGAGAACCUCAGAUAGCUUGGACUGUCAUUGUGGGUGAUAGCCCCAGAAUACAGACCCUCACACUUCAGGAAGCUAUGCAGCAGGGCUACAGUUUCAUCAUUGAGAGCAGUAAGAUCAUCUUGCAAGUGUCAUUCAAUGCUGCUGGAGUCUCUCACUAUGAGCAAGAAAACAAUCACCUAUAUACUGUGGCUCUCAAGCUUACAUAUGGACCUCCUGAACAGAGGCUUACCCUCUCAUCCCGAAUGGUUUGCAUAUUAGGCCCAGUCACCUGUAAUUCGACACACGUGACUCUUGUUAUACCAGAGUUUCCAGGGGCAUUAACAGCCAUAAAUAUUGAGAAUUAUAAUGUUCCCAUGAAUAUGUCAAAGACCAGUGGCAUUGCUGUAGAAUUAAAAAAUGGCUCAAGACUACACUUCAACAAAAGAAUUCUGAAAUCUAAAGUGUCUGAGAACGGUGCAGGUGUUGAGUUUUAUUUACCUUCAAUAAAGCUGACUUUUCUGUAUUAUGGGGAGAUGGUAUCUGUGAUCAUCUAUCCUGAAUCCUGUGAGUCGCCUGUUUCAGUAGUUACAGAUGGCACAUGUACCCAAGAUGGCUUUAUGGACUUUGAGGUCUACAGCCACCAAACGAAGCCAGCCUUGAACCUGGAUGCUCUCCAAGUAAGAGACACAGCCUGCCAACCCGAUUUUAAGGAUCCUUCUCAGGAGAUGGUUCGGUUUCACAUACCCCUGAAUGGGUGUGGAACAAGAGCAAAGUUUGAAGGAGACCAAGCUGUCUAUGAAAACGAAAUACAUGCUCUUUGGGCAGAUCUCUCCCCAGACAAAAUUACUAGAGACAGUGAAUUCAGUCUGACAGUGAGAUGCUAUUAUAGCAGCGCUGACCUCAUAGUCAGAACAAAUGUCAGCAAUCCUCCUUCUCCCAUUGCUUCUGUGAGACCAGGACCACUCUCCUUAAUCCUGCAAAUCUAUCCAGACAAGUCCUAUUUACAGCCUUAUAGGGAUGAUCAAUACCCGAUAGUGAAAUACCUGCGUCAACCAAUUUACAUGGAAGUACAAGUUGUAAAUAGAAAUGAUCCAAACAUCAAACUAGUCUUAGAUGACUGCUGGGCAACGGCAUCAGUGGACCCUGCCUCUCUUCCCCGAUGGAACAUCAUUGUGGAUGGCUGUGAUUAUCCACUGGACAACUACCGCACGAAAUUCCACCAUGUUGGCUCUUCAGUGAACUAUCCUAAUCAUUAUCAAAGGUUUGAGGUGACAACUUUUGCCUUCGUGUCUGGUGGCCAAGCUCUCUCUAGCCUGAUUUAUUUCCACUGCAGUGUCUUGCUCUGUGACCAGUUUUAUCCAGAUUCUCCUUUGUGUUCAGUGACUUGUCCUGGGUCAUCUAGGGUAAAAAGAGAUAUUGAAGAAAAGCCUACAAUAACAAGUCUUCCUGGACCUGUCUUCUUGGUAUCAGAUCAGGCCCCCUCAUUUAGAGGACCCACAGACACCGAAGGGCCUUGGUAUGAAGGAACAAGUGUUGGCCUUCAAGUAGGCUCUAUCCUAGUGGCAGAGAUAUUGGUGGUGGUGGUAGUGGUUUGUCUGGCUAAAUGCAGGCAAGACAAGAGCUCCAAUGUGUUGGCUGCCUCUCCUGCUUUUAUGGCACCUGGUGUUUCCUAA